GGGAACGCCAAGCGUAGUACGAUGGCACGGCUCUGGAUCGCUUUCCAGCCGCAGGGACUGGAGUCGCUUCUAGCCUGGUUGGUCUCUGUAGGAGCAGACCUCGUCGGACACAGCAUAGCCGACCUCGCCGCAUUAGGGCAAGCCAUCGCCGGCGUUCACGUACAGCCUCCUGCUCCGCGCCCGCCUGGCCUACGAAAACGACCUGAUAUCGCACGCGAAAAUUGUCGCCUCCGAUUUCGCGACCUCUUCCGUAAAGGCCGAUGCAGCGGCGGCGAGGACCAGGAAACGACGUUGGACGGUAGCAAAAAGCCUGUGAAGGAGCGGAUGUUUUAA